CGUGCCUAUCUGCCGUGGAGCAGCUCCAGGGAGGUCCCUCUGCCACCCUGUCCACUCACCUGGCUGGUGCAGAGGGCAGUCAUCCUGCCCGGGGUGAGGGGUAAGACGAGGGGUGGGGGUUACGGGUGAUUCAGCCAGCAGCCGUGAUAGCACUGCCUACAGUAAGUGCUCAACAAAAGCUGUUUUGAUCAUGGGACGGGAGAGUUGGGGGGAUUCCUGAGAUGAAGGACAUGUGGCUGCUGGCAAGGAAACGCAUUUUCUUACAUUUCUUGAUGGGUGUGGGGUUAGUCUCCAAAGCUCAAGGAGAGGGAUCAAGCUGACUUCAACUAGAGCUACUUCAAUCUGCCCCUCCCUGACGGCGUCUUGCGUGGUUCACGCCUCUGGCUCCUGUCGGAAGGAGGCGCCCGCCCUUCGUGGUUUGGGGCCAACCUGCGGCCGGCGCCGAGACGAUUGUCCGGCAGAGGGCGCUGGACGUCCACCCUGCAGCCCGGGGUCGGGGUGCGGGUAAGCGGAGCCCAGUUCCACACCCCGAACCCGCGUACACGCAGGCGUCCCUAGCCCAGGCGAGGUGGGCAGACACGACCCUCGCGUCAGCAUCUUCCCUGGUGCCACCGCAGCUACCUCCUGUGGGGAAACUGAGGCCAGAGGCGGACAUGCGCCAAGCCACGCCGCUGGGGCAGUGCAAAGUUGGGCUCUUCCCGGAGCUCGAGGCCUGGGGCUCCUCGCACCAGGUGCACAGCCAGCCAAUCCGGGAGGUCCUGUCUGGCCGCGCCGGCCAAUCAGAGGGUCCCUGCCGUAGGCGGAGCCUGCCAAUCAGGGGCACCUGGAGUCGCUGGGCAGCCACGAUCGGGUCUCGCCGGCGAGGGGCGCGCCGUGACGCGCAGAGGGUGGCGGUGGGAUGGGGGUGGGAGCUUCUCUCGCAGCUGAGCCCCGUUUCUCCGGUGCCGCAGUAUCCCUGGGACUGAGAGCUGAAUACCCACACCCAGGGCUGGGACCUUAGCAGAAAGGAAACUGAGGCUGGGAGGUCGGCCGGGAGGCUGCCUGGCGGAGGUGGCGCCGCUCUGAGUGGGCGGGGCUAGUUCCGGCCCCGCCCCGCCCCCCCCGACCUCUUGGCUCCGCUAGUGCCGGGCGCGCAGCCGCCAGUGCUGCGGGCUCCGGGCUAUGGAUGCCCCCGGGGCCCCGGCCCCGACCGCCGCCCCCGGUCCGGGCAGGAAGGAGCUGAAGAUCGUGAUCGUGGGUGACGGCGGCUGCGGCAAGACCUCGCUGCUCAUGGUGUACAGCCAGGGCUCCUUCCCCGAGCACUAUGCCCCGUCGGUGUUCGAGAAGUACACGGCCAGCGUGACCGUUGGCAGCAAGGAGGUCACCCUGAAUCUCUACGACACGGCCGGGCAGGAAGACUAUGACCGGCUGCGGCCCCUGUCCUACCAGAACACCCACCUCGUGCUCAUCUGCUAUGACGUAAUGAACCCCACCAGCUACGACAAUGUCCUCAUCAAGUGGUUCCCUGAGGUCACGCACUUCUGCCGCGGGAUCCCCAUGGUGCUCAUUGGCUGCAAGACAGACCUGAGGAAGGACAAGGAGCAGCUGCGGAAGCUCCGGGCUGCCCAGCUGGAGCCCAUCACCUACAUGCAGGGCCUGAGCGCCUGCGAACAGAUCCGAGCUGCUCUCUACCUGGAAUGUUCCGCCAAGUUUCGUGAGAACGUGGAGGACGUCUUCCGGGAGGCCGCCAAGGUGGCUCUCAGCGCUCUGAAGAAGGCGCAGCGGCACAAGAAGCACCGGCUCUGUCUGCUGCUCUGACCCAGGGCGGACAGACCUCACGACAGCACUGACAGGGGCCCCAGGUGCUGACUGCACCAGGGAGGCUGCCCCAUCCCGACCCUCCAGCUCACGGUGUCUGGGGCCUGCAGCUAGACUCUUGGAACAUUCUGGAACUCUCUCCUGACUGGGGCUCUGACCACAAACUCCCCUCCAGGCUAACCCUGGGACGGGGUGGUGAUGUGGGUGCAGGAGCCAGUGUCUGUUCUCGGGACUCAGAAGGGCCCUCAUCACAGCCACCCCCACCAUGAGUGUCUCCUCAGUGCAGACUCAAGUUAUGCUUGAAAUGAAAAAGUCCAUCUGGUGGUGGGUAAACGUGGACCUGGCACUGUUCCAUGCAGGCGCCCCAAGCCUGCCACUCCUGUGUCCCCACCUCCCUGGGCUCCCGAGAUAGGCACCGCUGUAUCCUCCAGCUCCUUCCUUCCUUCCCCCAGGAACAUGGGGGCCACCGAGGGGGCUGGGCCUAUCAGGAGAACACAGGCCGCAGCCCAGUGGAGGGGCUGGCACCCGCCCCUCCCAUCUCCACCCCACAUGGAAGACUUGUCUUCAGCUUGGCCACUGUCUUUGCAGAGCUGGGCACAUGUGCCCAGGGGGCAGAAAAAACGGCUUCUCAGUUGUUAAAAGUAUACCCUGGACCACCCAUCUGACCAUCUCUUCAAGGUCUCAUCACCAGGACAGGACUGGCCCAUUUAGUCCUCAAGCCUCGCUUCUACCAGCCUGUGGAGUUCAGGAGGCGAGACACCCCGGCCUCCUAUGAGAACUGAUGGGAUCUACCCUCUGUCCGCACAGGACAGUUUCUCAGAACUGGUUCACAGACCACCUGUGUCACCAACAGCCAGAUACCUAAUCCCCGAGUCUCCUUUGGGAAGGUCUGGGGUCGAGGGUCUGGGAAUUUUUUUUUUUUUUUUUGGGACAGAGUCUCGUUCUGUCGCCCAGGCUGGAGUCCAGUGGUACGGUCUUGGCUCACUGCAAGCUCCACCUCCUGGGUUCAAGUGAUUCUCCAGCCUCAGCCUCCUAAGUAGCUGGGAUUACAGGCGCGCACUACCACAUCCGGCUAAUUUUUUUGUAUUUUUAGUAGAGACGGGGUUUCACCAUAUUGGCCAGGCUGGUCUCAAACUCCUGACCUUGUGAUCCACCCGCCUUGGCCUCCCAAGUGCUGGGAUUACAGGCGUGAGCCACUGCACCCGGCCCAGGACUUUUAAAACAAGUAUCCCAGGGGAUUCCGGUGCCUACCAGAGGUCACAAGCUGCUUGGCUCUGGAGUGCACCUAGGAUUGGGUGCCGCCUAAGAUGGGAUAACGGCUUCAGGUGACUCCUAGCCUUCCCGGUAUCUCUUGCCUCGGCCUCCCUGGCCCAGUGCUGGGGUGUCAGCUAAGCCUGAGCUUCCGAGAAGUCAGGUCACCAAAGGAAGAAGCCUUCUGAGACCCUCCCCACCCCACCCAGGUUCCCAAGGCUCUGCUGUCCCCUGGGGAAUCAACCAAGGAGCUCUUGUUCUCUGAAGAACUCACGGCCUCAUGAUAGUCUAAGGUAGAGGUCCGAAAACUACAGCCUGUGGGCCACAUCUGGCCACAGCCUGAUGUGUAAAUAAAGUUUUAUUGGAACACAGC